UGAAAAGGUUUCCGGGUUGAGUUCAGGUUGUGAUCUCUGGCUUCUGGACUCGGUCAAAGAAGAACGAUGGAAAACGGUUCGACCACAACCGGGGACGCGGAUCUGGACCAGGCGAUCGGUCUGUGGCUGCAGUAUGACAAGAAUCCCAAAACGGUGUCUCUGGUGCAGGAGCUGGUGAAGGACGGAGCAGUGGAGGCUCUGAAGAAGAGUUUCUCCUCCAGGAUGGAGUUUGGUACGGCCGGCCUGAGAGCCGCCAUGGGCCCUGGCACCUCCUGUAUGAACGACCUCACUAUCAUCCAGACAACACAGGGUUUCUGUCACUACCUGGAGGAGAGUCUAGAGAACCUGAAGGAGCGAGGGGUUGUCAUUGGUUACGACGCCCGGGCCCACCCUCCCAGCGGGGGCAACAGCAAGCGGUUUGCCAGCCUGGCUGCGGCGGUUUUCAUCAGUCGAGGGGUUCCUGUGCACCUCUUCUCUGACAUCGUCCCCACGCCAUUUGUGCCUUUCACAGUUUCCCACCUGGGUCUGUGUGCUGGUAUCAUGGUGACUGCUUCUCACAACCCCAAACAGGACAAUGGCUACAAGGUUUACUGGGAGAACGGUGCCCAGAUUGUGUCUCCUCAUGACAAAGGAAUCGCCAAAGCCAUCGAGGAGAACCUGGAGCCGUGGCCCGAGUCCUGGAACGCAGAGGAGGCCUUGAAGAGCCCUUUGCUGAAAGACCCAUACCAGGACGUCCACACGCAAUAUUUUAAAGCCAUCCAGAAACACUGUCAUCACAGGGACAUAAACAAGAGUUCGGAGGUGAAAAUAGUGCACACGUCUGUGCACGGCGUUGGCCACACGUUUGUCCAGUCAGCGUUCAAGGCAUUUGACCUCCAGCCUCCGUACGCUGUAGAGGAACAGAAGGAUCCGGACCCCGAGUUCCCCACCGUCAAAUACCCCAAUCCUGAGGAGGGGAAGGGAGUCCUGACACUGUCGUUCGCACUGGCCGAGAGGGAGGGCGCCACCGUGGUGCUGGCGAAUGAUCCUGAUGCUGAUCGUCUGGCCAUUGCUGAGAAGCAGGAGAGCGGACAGUGGCGAGUGUUCAGCGGUAAUGAGUUGGGAGCGCUGCUCGGUUGGUGGAUGUUCCGCUGCUGGAAACAGCAAAACUCUGACGCCGAUGCUGUUAAAAACCUCUACAUGCUGUCGAGCACCGUCUCCUCCAAGAUACUGCGCGCCAUCGCUCUCAAGGAAGGCUUCCACUUCGAGGAAACAUUAACAGGAUUCAAGUGGAUGGGGAACAGAGCCAGAGAACUGUUGGACAAGGGGAAGAGUGUCGUCUUUGCUUUUGAGGAGGCCAUCGGGUAUAUGUGUAGUCCCUGUGUAUUGGACAAGGAUGGAGUCAGUGCUGCCGCCAUAGCAGGAGAGUUGAUUUCCUAUCUGGCCACAAAGAACAUCGGCCUUUCUCAACAGCUCACGACUGUCUAUGAACAGUAUGGCUACCACCUCAGUAAGAAUUCCUACUUCAUCUGCCACGACCAGGAAGUGAUUCGCUCCAUGUUCGAGCGCCUGCGCAAGUACCCUGGCCAGAAAGACUCGUAUCCCACCGAAUGCGGUCGCUUCUCCAUCUCUGCCGUGAGAGACCUGACCACCGGCUACGACAGCAACCAACCUGAUAAGAAGGCUGUUCUUCCCACCUCCAGCACAAGUCAGAUGAUCACCUUCUCCUUCUCUAACGGGGGCGUGGCCACCAUGAGGACCAGCGGCACUGAGCCAAAGAUCAAAUAUUACACUGAGCUCUGUGCUGCUCCUGGUAACAGUGACGUGACGCACCUGAAUAAGGAGCUGGACGACUUGGUUGAUGCCAUCGUUGAAAACUUCUUCGAGCCGCAGAAAAAUAAGUUGCAGCCCAAACCAGAGUAGCACUGGUUAGAUGUACAAACACAAACAGGACUAGUUGUGGCUAAUAUCUGACCAGCAUUUCACACAAUGUCUUAUCUUCUCCAGAAGGGAUUCUUGGUUAAAUUUAGCUCUAUAACCACAUUGAUGACCAUUCUACCACAUAGUUUUGUUUUUGCUAGUUCAACUUGUUAGAGAUCUGAAUAUUCCUGAUGAAUUCCUUAAUUUGGAUACUCUGUGUUUAAUUAGUUAUGGAAGUGCCAGUUUUUCAUCCAGCAGUCAUCAUCCAGCAUCUCAGCCACAUGAUGAAGAUACAGUUUAUCACAUUGCUUAAAUCAGAAAUGUUCAUUAUACAGCCGCAAUCAUUCCUACUUCCUGACUGCGUGUUGGAUACACAGAUUUCUGUAUAUUCGAGUGUAUUUAAAAUGAUGCAUUCCACACUUUGCUUCAGCAUCAAGUACAAGGCUGCUUACAAGAAGAGCGACAGACGAGUGCAAGUGUGAUGUUGUGACCACAAUGUUGUAAACACUUUGAAUGUGUGAUAUCGAAUUUAACAGUAGAAUAGAACACAGAACGUGACAGCUGAGGUUCAGUGUGUAAGAUUUAGGUGAGAGGGAUCUAUUGGCAGAUGUUUAAUAUAUAAUCCUAGUGAUGUUCUCACUAGUAUGUUUCAUCUAAAUUGUAUGAGUUGUUGUUUUCUUUACCCUAGAAUGGGCCCUUUAUAUUUAAAAAAUACUUUAUAUUUAAAUAAGGAGUGGGUCCUCUCUACCUAGGCCGCCAUGUUUUUUACAGUAGCCCAGACUGGACAACUAAACACCGUUUGAGUUUUUAUGACAUCUGAAGGCCACCUCAGGUUCUCAUCUUUAUUGGAAGGGGAGGAUGGAUGAAGUGAAGGGUAUUCAGCUGCAGCAUGAAACUUCACCACUAGAUGUCACUAAAUUCUACACACUAAACUUUUUAAGUUUUGAUUAUCAGGAAGGAGAGAUUCUGUGCAUUCAUUUUUCAAAUCUUAUUACUUUAUAUGAGUUGUUGUUGCAACCACAUCAAGUGACAUAUACAACCAUUAACCACCAUUAUUUCAAUGAUGUUGACUAAACUGAAGCUCACUUUUCCUCGUGAACCCUGACUUCUAAAAUACUGUUCCACUGUUACAGUUACAGUCAAUAAAAAUCGGUUUCUAACUGUG